UCAAAUUUGUUCGCGGAAGAUUUUUCAAUCGUUGCUACAGAAUCAACGACGCUGCCUUGUGAAAAGUUUUUCCUGUUUGAGUUGUUUCGGUGUAGUUUCAAAAGUCAGCAGUGAUGUUACAGAAAAAACCCACUGGAGGAUUAUACGAUCCGAUGAUCAUUCCCCGUGUGAAGCAGUAUUUGGAGGAAAAUGUUCAUCAAACUUACGUGGACGUGGGGGUCAUGGCCCGUGAGUUGCAGGAGCGUUAUCGGGAGUACAAUAGAAGAAAAGCUGUUCCAUUCCGGAUGCUGGUAGAACAGGCGUAUAAAACGGUUUUGCAUAGUUACGGCUUAGACAGUAAUCCCUCCAGUGAGAACGAAGACGAUGCUAAUUCGGACUUGGAAGUGAUGGAGGAAGGUGGCGGCAGCAAUGCGAACCACAUGAAUGAUGCCCUCACUAACAUGUACAUGAACAAUAAAACCAAACCAAUCCCCGGAGCUGCGCCCUCGGGAGGUGGCGGAAAUGAUGGCGAAGCCAUCGAUAUCAGUAGUGACGAGGACGAUCAGGGUGGGAACUCUCGUGAUAAGGACAAAGCUGUUUCCACCACUUGCGACCGAAUGAAAUUGAUUGAAACUCAAAUUGCUUCUAACAAGCAUAUAACUGUCACGAAAGUGAUUCGUGCUGAAAAACCACGUUCGGGAGAUGAAGCGGUAGAUUCUAGCAACGGCAGUACUAACGGCCCUCGUAAGCAACCGCUUGAUCCUGUUUCGGCACAGCAAGCUAAGCGUCGGCGGUUGGAACAGGCUCAAAAUUCUGAAAUAAGCAACAGUUCGAAUCCGUUGCUUCAGCCUCAGCAACCGGUUCUGCAGGUGCCUCAAGUACGAUCUGCUGGGUCACAAAACGGUAAAGCUUCAAGUGGCAAGCCCGAAUUAGGACCGCCUGGAACUCAGCGUUCAAAGCGCUUUAAGAAAGAAGUGUGCGCUCGGUUUGUCGAUACCAACUUUGAAGAUGUUGGUGGGAUGGACCGUAUACUGCGUGAUCUUUGUGAGUUACUUCUGCACGUUAAGCAUCCGGAGGUUUACCGUCAUAUCGGCCUGCCGGCACCACGUGGAUUUUUACUGCACGGACCGCCAGGAUCUGGAAAAACUUUACUAGCGCAGGCUAUUGCCGGACAACUUAAAAUAGGUCUCAUUGAGAUACCCGCUACGGAGUUGGUGGCCGGUGUUUCUGGUGAAUCGGAGGAACGAAUCAGGGAGGUAUUUGAGCAGGCCGCAAUCCUUUCGCCGUGUGUGCUGUUCAUCGAUGAAAUCGAUGCAAUCUCGGCAAAUCGCAUCAAUGCUCAGAAGGAUAUGGAACGACGUAUUGUUGCCCAAUUGCUGAGUAGUUUGGAUAGUCUAUCAAAGUUGGAGGGUGGCGAUGGUGUGCUAGUCAUUGGGGCAACCAAUCGUCCAGAUGCGCUAGAUCCAGCAUUACGACGUGUUGGACGGUUUGAUCAGGAGAUAUCUCUCGGCAUUCCGGAUCGAGAAGCGCGAGCGCACAUUUUGAAGAUUAUUUGUCGCAAUUUGAAGAUUGAGCAGUCCAUUGAUUUUGACGAGCUGGCUAAACUCACUCCCGGGUAUGUUGGCGCUGAUCUGUUGGCUUUGGCUACCAGAGCGGCUACAACGGCUAUCAAAAGAAUGUUAACGGAACGUGAGCGGCAACAACUGAUUGCUGAGGCUAAAAAACAGGUGGAACUCGAAGUUCUUCGUCGCAAGAAACUACUGGAAGCUGCCACUGGAACAUUGAGAAAGGAAGAAGAUGACGACGAUGUUGCAAUUAUGGAUGUUGAUGAAGCUGCAUCCCAAUUGGCAUCCAAAAAGAGUGAAAAUUUGAACGGUAAUGUCUCGACGGAUGAUGUUGUGGCCUUGGAAGAUGAUGUCGAAGAAGUAGUUAAUAUAGAUGACGACAAGGAUGAUGUACCGCCUUCCACUGCAGCUGUUGAGAAGCAACCUGAAGAUGGCGAGCCGACUGAUAAGGCAGCGGAGAAGACGGACGAGGCAGUAAAGGAUGCAGAAGUGACCACCGAAGAAAAAAAAGACGACGAGCAGAACAAAACAGUCGAAGCAGUAGCUACGCCAGAUUCUGCAGAGGCUAAGCCUGUUGAAGGUGAAAAAAUGGAUGAUAGUGAAGCUACGGUUGCUCCGGCUAAGCAUGAUGGCGAUGCCAAUGGCGAGAAGAUCGAAGAAAUCACUAAAAAUGCAGAUCUUGAUGCUGAUGUAGAAAUGGUUGCGGACAGCAGUACUUCCGGUGAUAAAGUGGAAACAACAGAGGAAAAAAUAACGCCCCAAGUGGUUGAAAAGGUCCCGGCUGAAACCAGUGUGGCUGAAGAGAAACUUACUCAGGAAGAGCAAACCAAGACGGAGGAUGAACUUGCUUUUGAACAGAUGGAGCAGGAAUUAGAGGAAAAUGUACUAUCGGAAACGAGUUUGAAUUUGCCAUCUAACAUUUUGUCACUGGAUAAAUUACUGAACCUUCUGCUGGACCAUUCUAAUCCUUUGCCCGAUGAAGAGCUCGAAAGUCUACAUAUUGAGAGAGAAGACUUUCUACAGUCUUUGAAAUCAGUACAGCCUUCGGCCAAGCGGGAAGGUUUCAUCACGGUUCCUGAUGUUACAUGGGACGACAUUGGCUCUCUUGGUGAUAUUCGCGAAGAGUUGAAGCUAGCUAUAUUAGCACCAGUCAAGUUCCCACAUCGGUUGAAGCUGCUGGGACUAAGUUCCCCAUCGGGAGUAUUGCUUUGUGGUCCACCUGGUUGUGGUAAAACGCUGCUAGCGAAAGCUGUCGCCAAUGAAGCUGGUAUUAAUUUUAUAUCCGUCAAGGGACCAGAAUUGUUAAAUAUGUACGUCGGUGAGUCAGAACGGGCUGUUCGUCAGUGUUUUCAGCGGGCCCGCAACUCUGCGCCAUGCGUUAUCUUCUUCGACGAGUUCGACUCGUUGUGUCCCAAACGUUCAGACAAUGCAGAAGGCGGUUCAGGAAUGCGUGUAGUUAAUCAACUCCUCACGGAAAUGGAUGGCAUUGAAGAACGGAAGGGUGUGUUUCUUAUGGCAGCCACCAAUCGGCCAGACAUCGUUGAUCCUGCUGUUCUACGUCCAGGAAGACUCGAUAAAAUUCUGUAUGUUGGACUACCUGCCGAAGCGGAUCGAGUUGAUAUUCUACGAGCGUUAACCAAGAAUCGCACUCAACCUCCACUAGCCGAUGAUGUCGAUCUGAAUGUUAUCGCACGGUUAACGGCCGGAUACACCGGCGCUGACCUGGCCGGUCUUGUGAGACAGGCUUCGCUACAAACACUUAAGGAUUCGAUAGCUGACUGUAGUAGUGAGGAAACCCGGUCGGAAACCGAUUGCGUAGAGCAACUCAGCGUCACAUUAGCCCAUUUCCAGGCAGCGAUACGAGGUAUCAAAGCAUCUGUCAAUGAAGAAGACAAGAAACACUACGAACGAUUGAAGAUAAAAUACGGAGCACCAACACAAUAAACUGUUUGAACUCAGUUUAUUUCGCGUAAGAACAUGAUUUAGCAUUUUAGGAAUUAAGAAUCAAAAUACUGACACAAACAUUACUACACGUAGUGGAUAAAAACAAACAAACAAAUACAAUUAAUUCUUUAACAAACAAAACAUUUGAUGCAAGGUUACACAGCGUACGAUUCUAGUACUCUUCACGGAAUUAGGUUUCGUUUCUGUUUCUAUAAUGCUAAGCACGCGAACGAACCUAAAGCUUCAGGAUGCAGUAUGGCGCUUUUACAGGAUCUUUAUUCAAUUCGACAAAUGUGUUGGUUUAACAGAAAUACCGUUUUGUUUCCAUUACAUAAGAUUUAGUUUUCUAUAGAUAAUUUCGACCACAAGCGUCUAUGAUUCGGUGUUUGUAUCUUUGACCGAUAAUUUUUUGUAUUCUGUAUACAUUCUGAUAGAAGAGUAAACUAGAUAUCUAACAAAACUGAAAUACAGGAUGUAAAAGUAUGUAGCAGAA